AUGGAGGACACCGCCAGCAUUUCUCUGGUGGACAAUACCGCCCCUUCGCAACACCUUAGCAGUGGGGAUUUGGAAUCUCUACGACGAACCUCUACCGUUGCUCGCCAGAGCAGUCGAUCCUCACGCUUGAACCUUGUAUCGGUAUCCGGACAGCUUGCGAAAAGAAAAUAUGCGAAAUGGCAGCCCGACCGGCUAGGUGUUACAUCCGACAAUGAAACCUCCCCGAGCAGAGAAUCGUCGCGGGCACGGGGGUCGAUCUCUGCGGGAAGCACUGGUGGUCCUCCUGCCCGACAGCCUUCACAUCAAGAUAGUGGGCUAGGGUUUAGGGAGAGUGAAACUAUCGACUUUGCACCGACACGCACUCAGAGCCACACCAAUGCUACGACACAUUCCACGACGACAAAUGGACACCCCCCUCCUUCCGAUGAGAAAAAGCCGGUUUCGGAGCUGGAUAUUUUAUACGAGAAUCAGCGCGGCUCAUUUGUCUUCGGGAUCCCUCUUUAUUCCCAAGGCUCGCUGCUUAAUUUAGAUCCCAGCCCCUGGAUGACCCAAGACCGACGAGAAAGUCCCGUCAAUAUAACCAAUGCUCAGCUGCCAGACCCGAGCUGGGAGUGGUCCUGGCGGACAUGGUAUGUCGAUAUGUCUGGCGAUGUGGAUGAGCAAGGAUGGCAAUAUUCCUUCUCCUUCAGCUCGUCUCAAUGGCAUGGUACACACCCGUGGUUUCACUCCUGGGUCCGCCGACGACGCUGGGUUAGGCUUCGACAUAAGGCCCCGGAGAGACGUGUUCGUGGUCGGUCGGAAUUCGAACAAGCACAUAUGUUGACCGAGGACUAUUUUACUAUCCAUUCUCACAAGGUUCGCAGUCGUGAUCAGAGUACGACUGGCCUUUCGAGGGUGGAGUCUGGGUUUUUAAACCGCGUUGAUACGAAGGUGGACGAGGAGGUACAUUUGGAGGAGAUAGGGGAUAUUCCGACUUUGAUGCAUGCUUUGAAGCUUUGCUCUAUUGAUCGGGAGAAGAUUGACGCCCUUCGCAAGUUUGUUGAGGAGGGCGGCGAGGAGUUAUAUUAUCUGAACGACAAGAUCACGGAGAUCAUGUCUAUGUUCGUGUUUCAAGCGUCCCGCUGGCACUUCGUCACAUAUCUUGUUGGAAUGAUCCAACAAUUAUCUCAAUUAAUUAUGGACUCAGAUGACAAGGAGUCCGAUAGAAUGCAACGAAAGAAAGAUAAUCUUAUUCGGGCAGUGGAAUCUGCCAAACAGCAUGUUACAGGGCCCGAUUUCUUUGCGGAUUCCCAUGGGGAGUCUGGAGGGGAACUGCUUGGUUUGACACCACUGUCGCAACAUAAAUACCUGCUAUCGAAGCGAGCACAGGCUACUGGUGAGCCCUUGAUUGUCAUGAAGGGCAAGGAGAUCAAGGGUAUCCCCAAGGCCGCAGAGAUCGGAGGCAGUCCGGAGUCGGUCACCGCCUGCCCGUCCCGCGGCGACAAUUUUCGGAGUUUGGCUGCUCGGUCCUCUUCAACUGCCAGUGCCAACACCAUUCCUCUCCAUGCCACGGGUGCUACAGGAGCAUUUCUCCCUAUGUUCUCGAGUGGCCGCCCGUGUCUAAGAAGGCGCCUGUCUGUUGUCUUGGACAAUGUCACGGCUGGCUCCGAUGAACCCCUUCUCUUCCUCUACCCCCGAUGGGCCGCGUCGGCUCUGCAAUGCCACCAGACAGCGUCUUUAACGACCACCGCAGCUUCAGCAAAUAGAUCUCGCACAUCCAAUCGCACAUUUCCAUCGGUUGCCCCUCCCUGCGCCCCUUCUAUCUCGGUCCGCCGACAAUCGAGCCGAUGGUUCUCUCCAAAUGCUGCGGGUAAAGAUGGCGAUGGGAGCAGCACGGAAGUGCCACUUGCUGCCAACGAGACGAUAAAUUCGAGCGAGCAGCACAUUGACAAUGCAAAAGCCGGAUCAAGCCCUGCCAAACAGGCGGAACCUACUAUCGAGCCGAAGCGCCCUGUCGGCUUAUUUGCGGAUAUCGAAACCGACACACCAGCGCGAGGUCCUAUUACAUGGAAAAGCAGAAGACGAAAUAGACAUCGCCCAUCUUCGCGGCCCUUGGCUGCCCCCACACGCGAUGUGACUACUCAGAAGGCCAAUUCGAUAGCUAGGCUGUCCGUCCGGGAUCGGAAGAAGCUGCGUUACGGAGCUUACAUCAAGGGACGGUCGAAGAACAGCGAAAAACUCUCAUACUAUCCGAUCGGGGGCUGGGAUUCAAUGAAGGACAUAUUGGAACGACAAGCACAAGAUCCACGAGUGGCGGCCCGGAGAAGUGCCAAACACAAGGAGUUGCAGGUACCCGAAGAGACCAUUGGGAUGAUGUCUGGAAUGACCGAUACGGCAAUCGCAGAGAACAUCUUUUAUAUCAAUGUCCGAAACGGAUGCCGCGUACAGAUUCUGCACCCAAGAGACGGUGAUGGCCUCCACCGUAAGGUUAUACUAUCGGGCUCAGAGCGCGUGAUGGAGCUUGUUGAAGACCGCAUCAAGCGCGUCCAAGCUCAGCAGGAAAUCGGAGAUCCUCUCGUCGAGAUUUCGAAGCCUCUUUUCCCUGUUCUCAGCUCAAUGGAGACCAUGCGGCGCAAUAAACUUCCAGUGCCCAUGAUUCGCGGAGUGUGGAUUGAGUCAAAAUCGGACCGCAUGAGCUAUCAGGAACUCCUCGACCUUGGCUCAUCUAUCGGCACCGUGAAAGAAUUUGCAGAGCGCAUUCAGGAUUUAAUACGGGCAUGUGAACUACCUUCAGGCGAGCGUACAGGCAGCAAACCUCAGCCCGCCCAGCGCGACCAGACUGUACGACGCAUUUUAAGACUUUUCCGACAAGAUUCGAACAAAGAAUACUUUUCUUCCGCAGCUUUGAACCAGGCAUUGGCAUUCUUAUGCGAUCAAGAGCUUUUAAAGGCUGCGAGAGCGGUCUUUCUUCGAGCAGAACAUGUCGCAACUGCGGACACAUACAAUAUCUUUCUCCGGACCGCAGCUCGACGACAAGAUUUGAAAACAUUCCGGAGGUUCCUAAUCUCUAUGGACCGAGCGAGUAUUCGCCCGACUCCGGAGACGUGGCUUGUACUUCUCGGGGCAGUGGUCACUCCCAAGGCCAAGGCGUCUCUUAUCGCGCACCUGGUGCAGAAGGGGUAUAUGGCCGAGACAAGAGUGACUCGUACUGCGCUCCAGCUGACAAUCCAGGAUUCUCUUUUGGUGCAUCUGGAGAAUGGCCAGAUGCCAUUGCCCGCCGGGGGGGACUUCACUGCUGCCAACAUCCUCCUCAAAUUCUGUCUUACGAAUCAGCUUCCGCUCGGAAGUAACCAGCUCACCCUCCUGUUGACCAUGUGUCGCAAAGAUGUCUUCUCUGCCGUCGACUACCUACUUCCAUUACUCCGACAGUCCAACUUUCAGCUUUCGCGGCAAAAUAUGGACUUUUUCUUUCGAAUCGCUUACAAAAGCGAAAAAUAUAAUAUCUGCCGGGUCCUGUGGCGGUACGCUUGCGUUUAUGGACUAGUGACCCACAGAAUGAAGGAGAUUGUCCUGAGCUCACUCUGCCGCAAUGUCUCCUACCAUCAUUACGCCAAUGACUUCAAGCAAGGUUGGCAAUUGUAUGCAGGCAAGGUCAUCGUUGGACUCGAGCUACACUUCCCUCGCGGGCCGGUGUGGCCAAAAGAUAUCACCGAUUUGAUUCCCUCGAGGUUCAGCAACAGGCCCCUUGAUUUCCUCUCAUCUGGUUUCAAAGCCCAGGGUACAGAACGCGACCUCCAGCACCGCGUGGCUUGGAUGCUCAUCCACCGUGACCUUGGAUUAUUAGGAAAAUCCCGCUAUGCCCCAGUACGAACCCUAUCUGUCAUGCUCGAGUCGGCCGCCAUCCUUGAUGCUGAUUGGGGGCGCCAACCGAGGAGCCUGGAUUGGUUUCUAGACAAUGCCAUACAUGUGCCAAUCAAGCGACUACCUUCGGAAGAUCGACAACCUCUCUCCUCGACCCCUCUCUCCUCACCCCAUGACCUUGCGUCUCUCGAAUUAUACUCUGCUAAAAGUGCACUGCGGGUUUAA